AUGGCGUCGCUUAACCUUACUCAAGACGAGUUCAGAGCUAUCGAGCAGACGCGGCAGCGGCUCUCGCAGAUAUCCAGUAGCAUCGCGAGCCUGAAAUCCGAUGUCUUUAUCAACAAUCCGCUACCUAAUCUAGAAUCACUUCAGACCCACACGGAGGUUCUACAGAGCAUGAUACAGAGCCUCCUCAGUGUCACGUCGCCUGCUGCUGAGAUUUUUAGCCGCAUUGCCGUGCAUCCAUCAACUAACUUCCCGGGGCGUACCCAGGAGAUGAUACUCCAAAGACUACUACGCAAAAAGCCGGAGCCGGACAUCGCGACGUCUAUGGAUGAGGGAAGAAACAUGGUUGCGGCCUUCGCUCCGCCACCAACUUCUCAAGGCCUUAUAGGCGCGGGUACAGGCGUUGAAAAGGGUCCAGAAGAGGAGUUGGAAAAUAUAUGGAACUCUGUGCGCGACUUCUGCGAGGAGCGCAUGAGAGAUUACGUGAUAAACGAAGGUGAUGACAUGUUCACGGAAGAGGAGCGCGAGCGGGGUGUUGAGAAUGUACGGACGGGACUUAAAAGAUCGCUCGAGGAUGAAGAGGAGGACGAAGAUGAGGAUGAUGAGGAAGGAGGAGGGAUGGUGAAUGAAGACCAGGACGACGACCUUAUGAUCAUCGACCGCCCGCCUCCACCUCCAGCACCUGCAGUCGUGACCCAGGAAAUUGAGGGAGCAGCGCUAGAGAACAUUAUGCGUUUUGCGGCGAGAGGAGAGUUUGUUACCCGUUAG